GGUUAAUUAUUACCAAUAUGCGACACCCGGAAGUGUUGAAGCUUCGUAACACGGAGGCAACGUCGAGCUGAAGAGGCAAAUACCAGACAUUUUCACUUAAAAAGAUCUCCAACAUGUCUGAAGAGAGCAACAAGCUGGACCCCAUCUCUGCAGUCGGAAUAGUUAGCUCACUCACCAAAAUCCCUGACGGCUACUAUGCUGUUACACAAACAACAGAUGGCUCCGACGCCGACCUGUGGAAGGACGGCUUAUUCAAAUCCAAGGUCACUCGCUACCUUUGCUUCUCCAGGAAAACUGAGCCUGAAGUUGUUGUGGAUAUGAAGCUGAUUGACAUCAAGGACCCGCUGCCAGAGUCCUUCACACUUGUGCAAGAAACAUUAGACAAAAAGGAAGCUGCCAUGAGGAAGAGGAGGCUGUGUGUGAAAAUGAGCACUCGUGAAGCUGCCGAGACAGCUGUAUGUGACAUCCAGAUCACCGCCAAAGCCAAGUACCAGCUUGUUAACUACACCUGUGUAGGAGAGAUAAACAAUAUGGGAAUAUGGUAUCGCAUGGGAGACGUUCCUCGGAGUCAGUCAUCUCACCAAACCAGGAGCGCUCCAAAAACUGACGCCCUGUGCAGCACAAUAAGUAGGAUCGCCAUCAGCAGGCCACAGUAUCAACAGCUGAACAAUGGCAUCUACACUAUGACAGCUCUCGAUGAUGUGCCAUUUAUGGUGUCGGAGAAGUUUCAUGUAAAACCUCAACAGAUGCAGCAAGUCAAUUUAAUGGGCAUUACGAUCAAAUCCCUGGCAGAGAUCGAGGAGGAAUUCCACUACAACUUCGGCACAGAACUGAGUAUUGUUCCUUAACCCCUCGUCCGGCUCUUCCUCAGAGAAUCGCAACAAAAACACUUAAAUGGACAAGAAGGAUCAUUUUUGAGUUAAACAGGAGUUUUUUAGUUUCAAAUGUUGCAUGAUUUUUAAUUUUAUUUAAAUUAUUUAAUUUCUAAAAAGUACUAGAAAAGAUGCUUUGUACGUAAUUUUUAUUUUAGAUAACUCUUGCAAACCUUUUGAUAGUUCUUUUUUUUUUUAUCUGUGUUUCUCAAAUUGCAGCACGGGGUGAGAUUUAAACUUUCUGUGCCAAAAAUAAAACUAAUUCACAUUCCCAAACGGAGUAUUUGUUAAAUCUACGUUAGCUGUGACUCACGUUUCGCUCGUCAGAGUUGCACGUCGUUGCCGAUGCCUCGGGAGGAUGAAGGAGAACGCACAAACAGGUCCAUCUGAUGCUCAUUUGCCAGAAGAAGCGUCUUUCUGUCAGGAAGUUGAUCAUGAGCAGCACACGGCACGAAUGAGCGGAGCCUUGAGACGUGGAGCGUUUACCCCAGACACACACACACACACGCGCGUCAACAGUGGCUCCUUUACUGACUCAGCUCUUUUAAAAGCACCACUAUCUUAAGUUUUAGCGGUGGAGAAUAUUCAUCCAGUCUGCUGCAUAUCCUGA